UCACUUCUUGGAACUUUUCUCCCAUUGUUCUUGGGGUUUAUAUCGAAAAGCUGUUGUUCAUUUGUUCAGGAAAAGACUUUGGUAAUAGGAGGUGCCAGUCUGCCAGAGUCAGACGGGUUAAGGUGUUGCAGUAAGCUUCAUUGAGACAUCAUGCCGGAUAUUAGUCCACCUCCCUAUGAUGACAAGAAAACCGGAGCUGAAGAUGAGAGCUGUGUUGUUGAGGAAGAUGGGGGGUUCCGCAUUGCUUAUUGGGUUGACAAGAAUGUCCGUCAAACUUUCAUUCGCAAAGUCUACAGCAUCAUCACCCUUCAGCUGCUGAUGACUGUGGGCAUUGUUGCAGUCUUCACCUUUGCACGCCCUGUGAGCUUUUUUGUGAGAAGUCAUAUUGCACUGUACUAUAUAUCUUAUUUUAUAUUCUUGAUCUGCUACUUUGUCCUGGUCUUUUGUAGAAGCAUCCAGAGGCGCUUUCCAUGGAACAUAAUCCUUAUGACUAUCUUCACCAUGGCCAUGGGAUUCAUGACUUGCGCCAUUGCUAGCACGUACGACAGCAAGUCUGUAAUCCUUGCCAUGAUCAUCACAGCAAUUGUAACCAUCAUCGUCACUGUUUUCUCCUUUCAGACAAAGGUGGAUAUCACGAGCUGGCGUGGCUUUUUCUGUAUCCUGGCCAUUGUCCUCACGGUGACUAGUAUUGUCACUGCCAUUGUCCUGACCUGCAAAUACAUGUACUGGCUCCACAUGCUUUACUCAGCCAUUUCUGCCAUUGCCUUCACUCUGUUCCUUGCUUAUGAUACUCAGUUGCUGCUUGGGGACAAGAAGUAUGCUAUCAGUCCCGAGGAUUAUAUUUAUGGAGCCAUCCAGAUCUAUGUGGAUGUCAUCUACAUCUUCCUCUCCUUCACCCGGCUUGUGAGCAGGAAUUAAGGACUGGGCACUUGUGGUUAGGGCCAGAACUUUGGGUGGUAUUCAGUGCUAGUCCUACUCAGAGCAGAGUUAAUAGACAUGACCAGCUUAGGUUCAUUAAUUUCAAUAGGGUUACCCUGAGUAGGACUUAGAUGAAUACAACCCUUUUCCUUAGCAGCUUAAGGGGAAGGUAUUAUUUCUUGAUUCUCUGCCUUUUCCCUUUGCACCAGCACAUGACUGUAUUGUUUACAGGGAUCCUAUCAUAAUAUAUAUUGGUAGUAUACAAGGUUUCUGCACAUCCAUAUUGCCACUAAUGCAUAUUAAUAUUGCCACUAAAAUUCUGCAGUAUACUGUAUAAAAAGUCUUUCACUAUUGUAUUGUAUGGCUCCAAUGCAGAAAAUGUUAGUUGUGAUUAGGUCCUAUUGAAAUCAGUGAGACAAGUUAGUCACAAUUAAUUUGAACCCACUGGUGUCAAUGUCACAUGAACACAAAUUGAUUUUGCUGGAUUAGGGCCUAUAUUUUUUACAUUUUUCUGUAAUAUAUGCAACCAAGAAAUA